AUGUCUGCUUUUAUGGAUAAAGUUUUGAGCAUUGUGAAUACGGAAAAUGAAAAAGUCAAUGGGAUGAUAAAAUAUAUAAUAAAUGCACCAUCAAAACUGUUUAGGCCGCAACUUGGUCUUUUGCUUCAUAGAUUUUUGAGAACAGUAGAUGAUAAGAAUGAAAAAUCGUCCAGUCACGGUGAUAGCCUCCAUUCGAGCGCACCAGACGAUAUUUACAGUGAUUCAAUCUUGCAUCUUUUACGAGCAUACGAGAUUGUACACGUUGGAACAUUAAUACAUGAUGAUGUUCUUGAUGAUUCAGAUACCAGAAGGACCUUAAAAUCUAUCCACAACAUAGUGGGUACAAAGGCAGCAAUACUAAUCGGUGAUUUAAUGCUUACUAGGGCAUGUCAUUCGAUCAUUUUAUUAGACUCAAAAGAACUUAAUAUUAGGAUGGCAAAUUCUUUAGAAAAUUUGAUCAAGGGAGAAUUAAUGCAAGUAAAAUAUUCUGAAAACCUCCAAGAAAUGUUUGAAUCGUAUCUUAGGAAGAUAUUCCUUAAAACAGCAUCUCUUAUCGCAGAAACUUGUGCUUCAGUUGCAGUACUCCGAGGACACGGAAAAGAAAUCGUAGAAAAGUGCUAUCAAGUAGGAUUGCACAUUGGAAUGUCCUUUCAAAUUUGUGACGAUUUGUUAGAUUAUAAUUCAAAAUCGCAUCUAUUAGGGAAACCAGUUUUAAAUGAUUUGUCAGCGGGUCUAAUAACUCUUCCGCUGCUGUUCGCUAUUCCGGAUCACAAGGAACUCCAUGGUAAAGUAAAGAGUGGGCUAGACGUCGAGACGAUAAUGCCAUAUGUAAGUAAAAGCCUUUCAUUUGAAAGGUGUAAACAUGCCCUGCUGUUACAUAUGACGGAGGCUCAUCGAUUUCUUGAAGAAAUUGAGGGUUCAACUACGCUCUCUAGUGAAGGGAGUGCAAUUAUCAGAUACGCCUUGGAUAACGUAACGAGAGUUAAAGGGUAA